AUGCCGAAAAAGUGCGUGACUCCGUCGCCGCUGGCGUACCACUCUCAAAUCGCACGCUCGAGCCCCUUCGUCGCGUCGGAUGCAGCGAAUUUGGUGCAGCGAGCACGACGCAGACUACAGUACUCGCAGCUGCCGAUAAGGUGCGCCAAUGCCAAGAGAUCGACGCAAACUCCUUGCAGACUCGCCAGCUCUCUGAAGAAGUUCCCCGUUAAGAGUCCUAAGGACUCUGCGCUCGGCACCGAUAAGAGGCGCAGCCUGUCUAUGACCGAUCUCAGCCCUUGCGCGCUCGUCGCUGUCGGCGAGUUUGAGUCCGCUGAUUUACGAAGCUUGGACAGCGGCUCGACGUCGGCGCACCUGGACGACGGAAGCGCGCGUCGCGCGGACGACGGCUCGAGCACGGAGGGCUGCUGCUCGGCAUUGGCGACCUGGGUGUCGCUCAACAGCCGCGAGGCGCGCGAGUCGAGAGCGACGAGCCUGGUCUGCCGCGCGCUGGCCGUCAACGCCUGGCGACGCAAGCGCGAGGAGGUGCUCGAGUUGCGCCACGACAUCCAGGGCCUCGGCCAACAAGUUGACCAGCUGCAAUUGCAGAUCGUCGUGCUGAGGCGACUGCUGGACAAGGAGAACGAGCGAGUCGCGGCGUUGGCCGGCGAUCUGCACAAGGCCAAGGCACACGCCGACGAGCUGACCAAGGAACGGGAUCAGCUCAGGAUUGAAAAAGAAACGGCGGAGUCGGCGGCGCAGAGGCAGCGCGACAUCAGCGACGAGCAGUCGGUGAGCGUGGAGAAUCUGCGGAACGAGCUGCGAACUGCGCGGGACCAGAUCGACGCGCUCGACAAGCAGAUUGCGCGCGAUCGGGAGAAGCUCGUCAAGCUGAGGGAGGACAAAAAACUUCUACUCGAGAAAGUCGAGGCAUGCGAGGCGAUCGCUACGGAAAGGGCCGAGCGCGCGGACACGGCGGAAUUGUCGCUGGAGGACAUGCAGGUGCAGUUAGCCACGCAAAUUGCACUGACGAACUCGCUGCAAGAGGAGCUGCAGCGCUUUGCCAAGAUAUUGAAUGUAAAGGAAGCUGAAAAGUCGGAGCUCGAGGGCAUGCUGCGAAAGCUGGAAGAGGAGAAUAUUGAAAUAGAAGAAAGGUUACGGAUGAGCGAGAACGCCGGCAGAUUGUUGACUCUGAGAGCGGCCGAUCUCGAGACGCAGCUUUUCGAGCAGGCGGCUAAACUGAAGCGCAUAGAGGAUACUUAUAAUGCUCAAAUGUCGGAGCUUAAUCAUCUUCGAGAGCAGGUAUUCCAUCGGACUCGCCAAACGGGUUGGAGCAGUAAAGUUUUACAACUUGCAGGGAGCUUUGUGCGCGCUCCUCGAGUGAUUUUUAGAACAUUAUCCUUUUUCUCCACGGCCAUACCAGUUAUUUUAUAAGAAUUUUAUUGAAAAGACAGGGUGAACAAUUUUUAGAUUCUUUAUUUAAUGGCCAGUUGAACCGAAAAUGAAAACAUAAGAAAAGUACUAGGAUACGGAUAAUCUGCAUGAAGGAAGAUUACAAUGGAAAUCUACAAGUGGAAAGAUUUAGAAUUAAUUAGGUCAUAUUUAUUUCGAUAUAUUUUUUUUCAUUUGUGUAACGAGUCAUUUGAUGACUAAUCGCAUUAGAUAUACAUGAAACAAUGACGCAGUAUGGCAUAGUGUAUAACCAAAUGAUCCAAUGAGUAAAUACACAUCAUUUUUGGUCAAAUAAAAUAACUCAUGUUUUGAUUUUGCCAAAGUUGAUUUAAUGUAUCACCUCUAGUUUUAAUUCAUUAUUAUGCAUUUCACGUGGGAAAUUUACAAUUUUUAGUAUCUUACGAACAGCGUAAAUGCAGUAUACACAACAUUCUCCUACUUAAUAUGCAACCUAUAAAUUAUUAUUAAUUGUAUUCAACCACGUAUCUAAUGUUCUUAGACAACUAAGCAUUUUUUAUUAUUAUCACUUGCCAUGAUCUUAAAGCGACAG